GUGAUUUGAGGCAACAGUGCCCUGUUAAAAUUAGUGCACAAUGCAAGAAGUACAUAGUGCACAUACUGUACUAUACUGAAGUGUACUAACGAAAGUAUGUUUGAGUUUGAGACACACUCUUUGUGAUGGCUUUUGUGAGGAUGUCAUGGCUUCAGUCCCUCAGUCAUCUACAUGACUCAACAUAUGUAUCUUCUUCCUCUCUCUGUGUAUCUCCAGUCAGGUUUACAGGAUGGCAGCAGGGUGUGUAGGCGUGUCUGAGGACAGCAGCAGCAGACAACAGCAGUCAUGGAGGUGGAGGGCACUGAAGAGCCAGCCUUUGUGGACGUGGACCAGGGCUUGACUCUGGCCUGCAUUGCCUUCCUCUGUCUGCUGCUGGUAGCCAUGAUCAUCCGCUGCGCCAAGGUCAUCAUGGACCCCUACAGUGCAAUCCCCACGUCUACAUGGGAGGAACAGCACCUGGACGACUGA